AUGAAAGGAGUGGUGUCCUCCGUCAGCCUCUGCACGCGGCUUCAGCCCACGUCUUAUUGUGGCGCAGGACGACGGGCAAAUGCAGGAGUCAGAAGAAAGAGUCAUGAAUCGUGUUCCAGCACCAUACCACUAACAGACGACGCGCACUUUCAUCGAGAAAUAAAGCCGGAUCCGCAUGGACAUCACAGGCAGCUGCAUAUGAUUGCAUUACUUCAAAAGCAUUAUGGCCCUUUCUCGACGACGAAUCCUGUGAGAGCAGGCAAGCCCACGAUACAAAUGCCAGAAAGUUGUCGUCGAUAUUUUGCUUCCCAUACGCUGCAGAGUGAUAUGCUCCCGGAGAUUCAAGAAGCGCAAAAGUUCUUGGAAAAGGGCAAUUGGCGGAAAGCAUUGGGCCCGAUCGACCGCGCGUUGGACAUUUUAAAGGUUCCAGGUCUCGAGACCGACCAGAUACGCGCCCUUGCGUGGUCCGCGAAGGCGAACUUUGAGCUCGGGAAUUAUUCAGGUGCAUUACGAAGCCUACAGAAAGGAAGCGAACUUUUCUCACAGAUGUCUGGAACCGUACCGGGUGCUUUGACCCAGGAAAAGGAAUGCCUAGAUCUUCUGUUGGUUAUCCUUGUAGCAGAGCAAGGCGCUCUAGGAGAAAUCACUCAGUCGCUAUUCCCUGAGGCAGUGCAGCGGAAAGAAAUAGAAUCCUCCGCAGAGAGAACAGACGAAUCUGCUUCUGCACUGGCCCGAUUUUUUCCGACCCUAUGGGUUUCUGAAAAUGUCGCUCAAAUUCCUGAAGCAGAAGACUCGCUCCUCGAACGCCUUUGCGUAAGUGUAGAGGCGGACACCGAUCAUGGCAACAAGUAUCCAUCGACGGAAGUAUUUGUGGAUUUGGAUAAAGCUGCACUCGCAUCUGCCAUAGGGAGUUCUUGUACAGCAAGAAAUGCGGAACAAAACAUCUCCGCUGGCGGAGCCGCAAGAAUAAAAGUUGACCUCGCCUCAAAGUUCGCAAAGACCCUCCUCAAAGUUUGCAACGAAGUGAAAAGCAGCACCACCUCCGAAUUCAAAGAAGCUCUAGAGCGGCAAACGUGCCUGUUGGAGCGCCUUUGUGCGAAGCAAGAUUUCAACUCAGAUACGACAGUCUUGGAUCGCAUUGUCCGGGAAAAGGUGAUGCCACUGGCGAAACUGGUGUCUAACGUUUUAGAGGAGACAAGCGGUACUGAUGGCAGCCGUAUAUGUAUAUCGCAUCAUAACAGAAGUAUCUUACAGUGUUGCAGAGCGCGGCUCUUAGCUGCUGCAGCGCAUGUGCUUCUCUGCCAGCAGCAGAUCGUUUCCGCGGAAGGACUUUUGCGGACGGCGAGGACUGCGUUGGACACCCCGCCUGAGGAAAGCUUGUCAGUACGCAUGCUUGUAUGGAAGAAAAACGUGCUCGAAAGUUACACGCAUACAUUGUCGAAAUGGGAGCGCAGAGAAAGAGAUAUUGAAGCUAUACGAAGCGAAGUCACAAAGUUGGAAGAGAAGAUACGCGUGGAAACAGGCGUUGAAUUGGACACUGGGGAAUAUCUAGUAGAUGACAUGACAAUACUCGUCACAAGUAGCUGCGUGCUUCCAGCAACUGACAUACCAUGGCCUUUCCAGACUUAAGAAUAUCAUGCCGUUCUUUUUUAUUUUCCAUAGCUUGCUCUUUGUGGUACCUACUUCUAAGAAGUCGAAGAUGAAAAGGAACAACUUGUAAAUACAUAGCCGGCAACAUAAGACCCCUGCUGCCUUCGUGGCGCCAGAAGGCCUCCUCUUGGUGCAGGCAAGAGUAUAAUCGCUGUUGAGGGCCUUCUGAACAAGUCUCUUUGCUACUUAGGAGUAGCCGUCAUAAUGAGUAAGAGUAUGAGUAUGAGAUUGAGAAUAUAAUAAAGAAACAAGGGCACAUCGGGUCUUAUUCCUUUCUGUUCAGAUCAUUCCUCGCAGAAGUAACCGAUGUUGAUAAAUUCAACCAUUGUAAUUUCGGUUGGCCUUGGAUCAUGUAGUCUGUUCACUUUCACUCUUCAUGUCAGGUCCAUGAAAAGUUGACAGUAUAGACGAUGACGAUUUGUGUUGCAACGUGAAGUGUGUAGGUACAAUG